AUGUAUUACCUUUACCAAUAUUUCCAGUUUAAGUCGCAUAACCGAUUUCGUAAUCGCCGAAUCAACAAAUAUUUUACCAUAAUUCACAUCAUCACCACAAUUGCCAUUAUAUCUGCUAUAAACACCACCUCUAAUCCUUUUCUACCAGGUGCCUCGGGGACCCUGGAUCUCGAGCCAUACGCCAACCCCGGAGUAACUCAACUAACCUGGUCAGCCAACGGACGACCUCUGGAGUUAGAGCCUGGCCUUACGCCUGAGGGUCAUCGUGUGAUUCAGCCUUCCAAUAAUGUAUCCGGUGCCUUCCGUAGCGUUGUACACGGGGGGCGGCUUCUUGUUCUGCACAACAUUCGUCGCCAGCAGACCGGCAAAUAUACGUUGGUGGCCAGAAAUGCCAGAGGAGAAGCCCGGAUCUCUUUCUUCCUAAACGUCACCUGUGAGUCAUACUGA